GGGGGCGGAGCUCCUCUGGGUUCUGCCCGCGAGUCGUUGGUGCCCGGCAUAGCGGCAUAGCUGCUGAGCCACGGCUCUGAGGAGAGGAACCGUGGCCAUGAAGGAAGAGAAAGAUCACAGGCCUAAGGAGAAGCGAGUGACGCUGUUAACGCCUCAGGGUGCCACAGGCAGCUGCGCUGGAGCUACUGCUGAAGGCGCCAAGGGAGAAGAUCGGCAAGAUCGCAACCGGGAGAAGAAAGAAGCUUUGAGCAAGGUGGUAAUUCGAAGAUUACCUCCCACUUUGACCAAGGAGCAGCUUCAGGAACAUCUUCAACCUAUGCCUGAGCAUGAUUAUUUUGAGUUUUUUUCUAAUGAUACUAGUCUGUAUCCUCAUAUGUAUGCCAGAGCAUAUAUCAACUUUAAAAACCAAGAAGACAUUCUUUUAUUCAGAGACCGAUUUGAUGGCUACGUAUUCCUUGACAAUAAAGGUCAGGAAUAUCAUGCUAUAGUAGAAUUUGCACCUUUUCAAAAAGCUGCAAAAAAGAAGAUUAGGAAAAGAGAUACAAAAGUUGGGACUAUCGAAGAUGAUCCAGAAUACAGAAAAUUUUUGGAGAGUUAUGCCACCGAUAAUGAGAAAAUGACAUCUACUCCAGAGACAUUGCUGGAGGAAAUAGAAGCCAAAAAUCGAGAAUUAAUAGCUAAAAGGACAACCCCACUUUUGAGCUUCCUGAAGAACAAGCAGAGAAUGAGAGAAGAAAAGAGAGAAGAAAGGAGGAGGCGAGAAAUAGAACGGAAAAGACAAAGAGAAGAAGAGAGAAGAAAGUGGAAAGAAGAGGAGAAACGUAAAAGGAAAGAUAUAGAAAAGCUAAAGAAGAUAGAGAGAGUUCCAGAAAGGGAAAAAAUAAAGGAUGAACCAAAGAUUAAGGUACACAGGUUUCUGUUACAAGCUGUGAAUCAGAAAAAUCUGCUCAGGAAACCAGAAAAAGGAGAUGAAAAAGAACUUGAUAAAAGAGACAAAGUCAAGAAACUGGACAAAGAGAAUCUGAAUGAAGAAAGAGCCACUGGGCAAAGUUGUACUCUGCCCAAGCGUUCUGAUGUCGAACUGAAGGAUGAAAAGCCAAGGAGGCCUGAUGAUGACAGUGUCAGAGAUUACAGAGAGAGGGACCGGGAUUACGAAAGAGAUCAGGAACGCAUUUUCCGAGAAAGAGAGAGGCUGAAGCGGCAAGAAGAAGAACGCCGAAGGCAGCAGCAGAAAGAGCGCUAUGAGAAGGAGAAGGCUUUUAAACGAAAGGAAGAGGAAAUGAAGAGAGAGAAAGAGGCACUUCGAGAUAAAGGAAAGAAGAGUGAGACUACAGAGUCAAUAUGCGCCCCAGAAAAGGUUGAAAAAAAAGAGGAAGUGGUUAAGAGAGACCGCAUAAGGAACAAGGAUCGUCCCGCAAUGCAGCUUUACCAACCAGGAGCUCGAAGCCGAAAUCGACUCUGUGCUCCCGAUGACAACACCAAACCUGGGGAUUCACCAGACAAAAAGCAGGAAAGUGGUAUUAGCCAUAGAAAAGAAGGAGGAGAGGAGUGAGAAGUCCAAGUGGUGAUAGGUGUCCUGACUAUCCAGGCAGCCAAAGAGCACGUUUAUGCUAUCCAGAAGUGCCUUCAGGGCAAAGGAACAGAGAAGAAAGGGAGUCGCUGUGCUGGUGGGAUGCACUGCAGAGGAGUGUGUCUAGGCAGGGAUAAGAUUGCAGGCUCGGAAUUGGAAGUACAAUUUCAUUCUUUUUUGCAGUUUCCACAAGUUAAUUUUAAUGUCUUAGAACAAGAUGGGAGCAAGAACUUAACAUCUUAUGCCACAAGCAAAAAAGAGCAGGGCCUACAAUCAAUAGGUGUUCUUAACCCUGGCUUGGAGUGUCUUAGUUUGAGUCGAGCAGAAGCACACUAAGUCUUGUUGGGAUCUGUUUUGCAUUGUUGGUGUUGACUGUUGACUCUGUAGUAUAGAAGCAACAAGCAUGUAAUUAUAGCACAAGUAGAAUGGAAGAUAGAGCAAAUUAUGGCUGAUGGAAAAGAUUUAAAUAGUCAUGUUACAUCUAUAUCCUAUGUCUGAAGUUUUUGUAAUUAUAGCUUAUUUUGUUUCCUUCUGUGAUCUUAGCAUCAAAAAGUAUUUGUAAACAUCUCGUUUUGCCUUUAGCCUUUUUUCCUAUUAAUAGGUAAAAUGUAGUCCUUGGUUAGUUACUGACAAUCUAGUCUUUAUUUAAUCUUAGGUCUGGUAAUUUGAGUGCAUACCCUGGAAGGAAACUACACCAAUAUCUGUUCCUGUUAAGUGGCAGCUUUCAGUCUUAGCUUGUUUUGUACUGCUGUCAAUAAAUUUUGACUUCACUGAAGUAUGAAACUACAUUUAUUUAUUCAUGUACUGGCUUAUUUGUGGUACUGGGGACCAAAUGAAGGGCCUCAGGCAUGCUGUGUUUGUAUUCUACCAUUGAGCUACAACCUAGCCAGCCCCAAGCCAAAUAAGGUUAACUUUAUUAAAUAACUGUUGGUUUUAAGAAAUUACACAUUUGUUACUGAAUUAAGUUCUUGGGAAUUUUGAAAGGGG